AUGUCAGCUCCUCAGCGACUGCACCUUGACAAAGACAAGUUGAAACAGCAUUUUGAUAUAUCGCAUUUUGACAUCAAUGCCAUCCUCCGGGGCAUGCAGCUGACGCUGGUCGGCGCUUUUCGAGCACUCCAAAACCCGGACCUGUUCACUUCGAAACAUUACAAGCAGGCCAUCAAAGCUGUCAUUCUGGGCUAUGUCAUCCGCCUGGUAAUUGCUUUGCCGAUCUCCGGCAUCAAGCUCCUCAUAUGGCUUCUAUCCUUCGCCUUCCCCCUCGACCGGGUGUCAUGGGAUGACUCGGUUGUCAGCGGGCUCAGCUUCAUCGAAGAGCAUGUCCUCCAAGCCCCGCUCUUCUUCAUGAGUCUCAUGCGCUAUAUCAGUCCCACUCUCGACGACCUAUUCAUGGCCUCCCUUCUCUGGGUGGACUUGACCUACGUGCAGAAGCACCGGCCCGACGUGGACAGCUCUGAGCUAACCAAGAUGUACAUGCUCCCCCCGCCGCUGGAAGACAGACAACAGCAAAGACUCCAGCUGAAAAGGCUGCCCCUGAGCAAGGACUUGUCGGACCCUGUCAAGCUGCGCGCCAUGUACUACCCGCCGCUCAAGUUGUACCAUGCCGAUGAUGUGCGCGACCAUAGGGUCCGCACCGCCGAUUCCCUCGCGCGCUUCCUGCGCCGCUUUGCACGCAAGGCCGCCCUCUCACUCGCGGUCUACGCAGCGUCGUUCGUGCCGUACGCGGGCCGCCUCGUGCUCCCCGCUGCGAGCUUCUGGACGUUCAAGAGAGCUGUGGGGCUGGGUCCCGCGAGCAUCAUCUUUGGGACCGGUGUGCUGCUGCCGAGGCGGUAUUUGGUAGUUUUUCUGCAAAGUUAUUAUGCUUCGCGAAGUCUCGUUCGCGAUUUGUUGGAACCCUACUUUAAGAGAAUUGUGUUUACGGCGGAAGAGAAGCGCAAGUGGUUCCGGAGUCGGGAGGGGCUGUUGUUUGGGUUUGGUAUCGGCUUCUAUCUGCUUUUAAAGGUGCCUUUGAUAGGGGUACUGAUCUACGGUACUGCCGAGGCGAGCACUGCGUACCUCAUCACCAAGGUGACUGACCCCCCGCCGCCACCAUCUCACAGCCAGGGGUUCGCCCAAACCCAGCUCGAGUGGAGGAAUAAGCAAAGGUUUCUUAGCCUGUCGCUGAGCAAUCUGGAUGCGCUUCACGACCAGCCGUCGGCGGAUGAGAAGAUGGAUCGGUAUCCUGCUGCUAGCAGCCGGUCAAAUGCCGAACCGAAGGAAGAUGCCGACUAGGACAAAACGGUUACGCAUGGUCCGUGAGGAUCCGGGGGAAUCGACAGCUCACUUGGAACGUCUGAUUCUGAAAAGCGAUUGCAUUGAACAAGAAGAUAGCGAGCUAGAAACAGCGGAGCCCGACUCCCGGAACUUCGAUGUGUAGC